AUGUUGCCUGCACUACCCUUGACUUUUCUUGCUGUUUGCUCCGGCGUUUCCAGCCAAGAUGUACGAAGCAAUUCCCACCCGCUUCAGCUGACGGCUCGAAAGGCUCCACGAGGUUCAGCCUUGAGACGUAGAGCUUUGUCUGCUGCCAAUCUACCUUUGAAUGAUUUCUUCAAAGGGACUGACCUGCAGUGGUAUGGUAACAUAUCUGUCGGCACGCCGCCUCAGGAUUUCACGGUGGUGUUCGACACUGGCAGUUACACCCUCGAGUUCCCUAGCACUGCAUGUGGGGACGCGUGCAAGAACCAACACCAGUUCGAUGCGUCUGCCAGCUCGACGUUUGUCGACACUGGACGCACCGACACGCUGACUUUCUCCACCGGCGUCGGGGUCGACCCGGUGCAGGGCGAUAACUAUCAGCUCCAAGUACGCAGCGGCAACGACAGUGUGACUGUCGCCGGCUUAACUGUGAACAACACCGAACUAUGGGUUAUCACAAACCAAACUGAGGCGUUCUCUAUUGACCCAUUUGAUGGCAUACAAGGCGAGCUCAUAUAUUUGUUCUCUGAUGCUUACGGUGUCUUUGGCGCUCUCAUCGACCAAGGCUUGCCAUCCCUCUUUGGGUUGUAUCUCACUCCCAAGGCUGUCGGCAAUGCUGAACUCACCCUCGGUGGCAUCGACGAAAGCAAGUUCGAUGGCCCUUUGACCUACGCUCCUCUUACCAGUGAUGCCUACGGGUCGUGGGUAUUGGAGUGGCGCGGGGCAUCCGUCAACGGCCAAACGACUAGGGCGCUCCAGGAACGAUGGGAGGUAAUAUUCGACAGCGGGACCAGCAACGCCGUCUUCGACACCAAUACUACGGAGGUAAGUAACCUUACUCCCUUCUAA